AUGGCGCGGCUAGUUGUUGCCGCGUUGGCCUUAGGCCUAGUUUGCAUUCAUGCAGCACCAGAGCACAAUCGUGUCCGGCGCGGAUACGGAGGCGGUGGCCUCAGUAGCAGCGGUGGAGGCGGUGGAUAUGGUGGCGGCGGAGGUGGCGGAUUUGGAGGAGGAGGCGGAUUUGGUGGUGGUGGCGGAAAAGGCGGUGGUCUAGGCGGUGGUCAUGGAGGCGGCGGUGGACUCGGUGGCGGUGGCGGACAUGGCGGCGGUCUCGGUGGAGGCAAUGGCGGCGGCGGCGGUCUCGGUGGCGGUCAUGGCGGUGGCGGCGGACUUGGCGGCGGUCACGGCGGUGGCGGCGGACUUGGUGGCGGCCAUGGCGGUGGCAGUCUUGGCGGCGGCGGCCUCGGUGGACAUGGCAGUGCAGGUGGUCUCGGCGGACAUGGCGGUGGUCUCGGCGGACAUGGCGGCGGUCUCGGAGGCGGCGGAUACGGAGGAUCAAGUGCUAAAGCCAGCGCCAGUGCCAGUGCGAAAUCAAGCUCUGGAGGAUACGGCGGCUACCACGGUUAA